AUGCCGUCCGAAGUAGAGCCUCUUCUUCCGCGAUAUGAUGACGAGACCGCCCGUCAGCGCCGUCUGCAUCAGAAGCUACACACGUACCAAAUGGUCCGUGCGAUGGCAGAGGGAUAUAUGCCGUCGACCGAGCAGGCCAUUGUGAAUCUUCGGACAUUGCUUGCGUCGGAUAUUCUGAACCUGCGAAAUCAGGACAUUGGCUCCACCGGUCGUCUGCUGGUCCGUGAUGCACGACUGGUCAUCACCGUCCUCAUUGAGUUCUUGCGGGAGAAAAACGAGGAUGACCAGUUACAGGAGUUCUUGUGGCGAUUGUCACGGUCCAGGGUUGAGAUUGAUACGGGGCGGGUGGAUGGAAGUGCUAAAGACGCCAAGGCUCGCGCCGAUGCCAAAGCGGCCUAUGAUAGCUUUCGAACAGUGGGCAAUUUGCUCCUCACAAAUGCGGACUUUCGCCUCUUUGUCGACGAUGUAGCGACUAUUGGGCGCCAAAUUUUUGCCGAUACCGCAUCGGCUCUCUCAGAGUCGGCGAAGCAGGUGGCUGACGAGGCCAAGCCAUCUGAGGAAAAGACCAAGGCGUUGCAGGGACCGGGCGCGGAUGACGGGCACGAGUUAUCCAAGGAGGAACUCAAGGAAGAGGUAGCCCAUGUUGCCAAAGUUGCGGGAAAAGGCGUGGUACGCACGGAGCAGGCCGCCGUGGAAAGCGCCAAAGAGCAUCUGUCGGGCCAGGAGCGGGAUACCCUUUUACAUCGUCUCAAACAAGCAGUCUCCAAGCUUCGACAGCGGACCGACUAUACGGACUCCGUGUCCACUCUGACCCAAUUGAUUCAACGGUAUGCAGCAAUCUAUGCCAAUGUGGCAGAAGAUGCGGCCGCCACGGCACAGGAGGGGGCCGAGGUGAAUGAAGAUCUCAAGAAAGCCGUGGAUAUGUUCUGGAAUUUGCUACGGAUGUUUGGCGAUGCCAAGGAGUGGGAUAACUUGAAGGAGAAAUUCAACAAGGUUUUGCGUCAUGCAGACAAAGAUCCGGAGUUCGAGCGUCUGAUGGGGGAGGUCAGCAAUUCGGUGGGAGAGAUGCUGACCGACCCGGCCUUCUUCGACUCUGCACCGGAAAAACUUGACGAACUCAAGAAGAAUUCCGAGAAAGUGAGCGCGGAAUCGGGGAUUCGCCAAGACAUGGAUGAGCUUCUGGCUCAGGCAAAGAAGACACUGCGCAGCGUUCCCGAGGAUAAUGAAGUCGCCAAGCUGGUCAAUGCGACAAGAAAGCUCCAACGCGAUGCUUACAACGCCUACAAAGACAAAAAGGGCGAUCUUCCCAUUGAUAUUGCAAAUUACAUUUUGCCCAUGAUCCUCCGCAUGAUCCAGUAUAUCCCCAUUCCGCGUCUGGAGGUAUCAGCGCCAGAAAUGGAUCUCCUAUUGGAGAAUUUGAUUCUGGAGCCAGGUCGGACUGUCAAUUAUUCAUCUUUCCUGCCGUAUCGCAUGAACCUACUCACCCGGAAUAGUAUUGACAUCGUCAAGAAGCACGCCAAGCGUACCGACACGACAAUCAAAACGGCCUUUACGGUCAAUAUUGAAGGCUUGAACAUCAGUGCGCAAGACUUUGGGUAUUGGCUUCGCGCUCGCACGGGGCUGUUCUUCCGAUUGAAAGACGAGGGUAUUGCGAGCUUCUACUUGGACCGACGAGGCAUCGACAUUUCACUGGAUGUGGAGGUCGGCCGUGGCCGCUUGGAAGAGAUCUUCAAUCUACGUGGUGUUCGGGUCCGCAUCCACAAACUUGAUUACAAAGUUUCACAGAGUCGAUGGAAGUUCCUUCUCUGGUUGACCAAGCCGUUCAUGAAACACUUGGUACGACGUGUCUUGGAGAAGAAGAUCGCAGAAGAGAUCGUAGCGGCCGCAUUCGCACUCAAUCGAGAACUGGUCUUUGCCCGGGAACGACUGCGUGCGGCACGCAUUGCCAACCCACGGGAUCUGGCGAGCUUUAUUCGUGCCGUUCUUGCACGUCUUCGCCCAGCCGACACCGAUGUCGAAGCCCGGAUUGCCGUCGAGCCGCCACAGGACGGCGUUUUCAAGGGCGUAUACGCGCCCGGGAGCAUUGUCAAGACCUGGCAUGAGCAGGCGACUGCGGCCCAGGAGGCAAUUGAUGAUGGAGAUGAAACGCAUGGAGUCGGCUCCCCUCCAGCGGGACUGCCCGAGCAAAUCAACCGCUGCUCGACGUACGCUUUGCAAGCUCUGUUCCCCAGAGCUCAGGAUCCGUGGGGCCAUAAAAUUUGGGAGUUGAUGGCCUGGGAAAACGUGACUGGAGACGAUUGUUCAGAAUUGCUUGUCCUCGCCGCUGAGGAUUACUACAAAAUAUUAGGCUUGGAUAAGUCCGCAUCCGAGAGAGAUAUCAAGCGCGCGUACCGCACACUCAGCAAGAAGUAUCAUCCUGAUAAAAAUCCUGGUGACGACUCUGCGCGCGAAAAGUUUGGCGAAAUCGCCGAUGCCUACGAUGUCUUGUCCACCUCUUCCCUACGCAAGAUCUACGAUCAGUAUGGCCACGAUGGCGUGCAACAACACCGACAAGGGGGUGCUGCCGGGGGUCGCCAGAAUGAUCCGUUCGAUCUGUUCUCGCGCUUUUUCGGCGGCGGUGGACAUGCCGGCCAUGCACCUGGGCACCGUCGUGGUCCGGAUAUGGAGGUGAAGGCUGCUCUUCCGUUGCGGGACUUCUACACUGGACGAGAGAUCAGUUUCCUUGUUGAGAAGCAGCAAAUCUGCGAUGACUGCGAGGGAACUGGAUCAAAGGAUCGCAAGGUGGUUCACUGUGAUCAGUGUAAUGGUCGUGGCAUGGUCAUUAGGAAACACAUGCUGGCGCCUGGUAUGUUCCAACAGGUCCAGAUGCCUUGCGACCAGUGUGGAGGACAAGGCAAGAAGAUCAAGAAUCCUUGCCCCGUGUGUCACGGGCAAAGGGUUGUCAAGAAAUCCGUUGAGACAACCGCCGAGAUUGAGCGAGGCAUGGACAAAGGCACGAGGCUUGUUUUUGAAAACGAAGCCGACGAGAGUCCCGAUUGGAUCGCGGGUGAUUUGAUCGUCAUUCUUGAUGAAAAGGAGCCCGAGCUUGGGACGACCGACGAAGAGCGCACAGAUGGCACAUUCUUCCGACGAAAGGGCAAGGAUCUCUUUUGGAAGGAGACGCUUUCGUUACGGGAGGCUUGGAUGGGCGAUUGGACGCGUAACGUGACACAUCUCGACGGGCAUAUCGUCCGACUUGGACGCAAGCGCGGUGAGGUCGUCCAGCCUCUUGCCGUUGAGACUAUCAAAGGGGAAGGUAUGCCUCAUUACUCCGAGGCGCAUCUCCAUGAUCAGCACGAUGAGGACGACUCACCGGGCAACCUAUAUGUGGAAUACACGGUUGUGCUGCCUGACCAAAUGCAGAGUGGCAUGGAGAAGGAUUUCCAUGCACUAUGGGAGAAGUGGCGCAAGAAGAUUGGGAUUGACCUUAUCAAGGACAGUGGCAGGCCCAUUCCUCCGCCGGCGGGGGAGGAUGAGAAAGAUGAGCUGUAA